CUUAUUUACCUAUCGGCUUAUUCUUGCACCUCCUAUGGCUGCAAGUGCUAGUUUUUUAACCGUCUUCAAUAUAAAAUUUUCUACUAUAGAUCUAGUGCUAACCCCAUGAAUUCCUUAAAAAAACCAAUAAACUAGGUUUCUGAGACAUCCUGGACCAUGAAAAAUACGUAUUCUUUCCUUUCCUUUUAUAUAAAUUGAUAGAUUACGCGAUUUGACAGGCAGAAGAACAGCAGAGCACAAUGCAGAGCAACAGUGCAAGAGAGGCUCGCCGCAGGAAAAUCUUGGAGAGGAGUGCAGAUCGUCUGGCCUUUAUCUCAGGUGACCGCAAGUCUUUUGAGCCCAUACAACCGCCCUCUUAUUCCAUUCUUCAUGGUGACAGCAGCGCCGCCAAUGGAGGUUUAUCCGGUGAAACUAUCGAUGAACCUUCUGUUGACGUUAGCAGUAUGAAUGGCAGUCAUUUAGAAUCUCAUCAAGACAAUUCAAAAGCUAAUGGUGCUCCUGAUUUUGGAGUAGAAAGUGAAUCUUCAACAGUGAUAGCUUCUGAUUCCUCCAGGUUGGUGCACCAGGCAGGAGAUAAAAAGAGGAAAUCUUCAAGUCUAUUCACAGUUAGCAGAUUCAGUCAUGCUAUUGAUGCUUCUGAAAAUGCUCGUGCUCUUUGUUCUUUGGGGAUAGCCAUAUUUUUGGUCAUUCACAGCUUCCUUUUGGCAACUAAUAACCCUCUGGGUGCAGUCAUCGAUAGGUUUGUUCCUCCAUGGCCAGUAUCUUUAUUAAUCGGAACAGACUUGACUUUAGUUAUGGCAAUCAUGCUUACAACUUCAAAAGGUACAAAUCCCAUGGAUGCCACUGGUCAACCUUCCAAAGAAACUUAUCCAAUUUAUCCAAUGUCAGGGGUUUGGAAACUGGUAAAUACAGCAGGAAAUAUUUUGCAAACUCUACUUAUUUGGAACAAGGUGAUAAAUGCCAUGUUCAUAGACUUCAGCAUUUAUCUUGUUGUAGUGGUUUGUGGUCUCUCUCUUGUUCAAUACUGGUCCUGAUCUUGAUGUACUUGACUGGACAGAUUUUCUUAUCAAGUCUGAUUUAGGCAGGCCCACGUAGUUGUACAUGCCAUCUCAGUAGGCUGUCUUCUUUGGAGGUGUUAAAAACAAUCAUGCCUGGGGCAUAAUUUUGAAUAGAUAUAGUUAUAUUUUGUGUAGGAAUGUUUAUACUUUAUGCAAUCAAUUUAUUGAUUUUAUGUAUGCAAUGAAUAAACUGCAUGCUAAGCAGUUAAGGACUA